UUUUUCUUCAUCUUCUUGCUCUUUCUGGGUUUUUCUCCUAGAAAUUUAAUUCAACAAACAUUAUCUAUUGACAUUUUCAAUCUUUUAUUCACAAUUUCUGGGUUUAAAUUUUUUUAUUUUGCGAACCCUUAUCAUAGGUUUUACAAGUUUAAAUGUUUAUAUAAAUCUUUAUUUACAAAUAAAAAAAAAUGUUAUUUUUAUGAUAUUUUAACUUGUAAUAUUGAUUUUGGUAACUGUUCCUUCCCAUAAUCCCAAAUACUCGCUGACCAAGUGACCACCGCCCCAUUCACCUUAUAAACUGUCAAACUUUAAUCUCUAACUGUUCUUUAUAAUUUAUUUGUAUAAUUUUGCAUAAACAUAGAAAAAACAAAUUAUUUUUUUAUUUAUCUUUAACUUAUACUCUUAUUAUUCAUUGAUUUUCUUCCUGAUAACCCAUUGUUUCAAGUGAAAAAAAGAAAAGAUAUUGAUUACCCACAUUAUAUAAACCAUUCAUUUUUCAAUGGAAAAAUUUUGGUUGUUUUAUGUUAGUUGGUUCAUUAUUGGGUUUGUAUUACAAAAUCUUAACGUUGAGGGGCUUGGAGUUAAUUGGGGAACACAAGCUAUUCAUAAAUUACCUCCAAAUACAGUGGUACAAAUGUUAAAGGAUAAUGGUAUUCAAAAAGUGAAAUUGUUUGAUGCAGAUGAGUUAACUUUGAGUGCUUUUAGUGGUACUAAUAUUGAAGUUAUGGUUGCUAUUCCUAAUGGUGAUUUGACUGCCAUGCUUGAUUAUAAGAGAGCUCAAAAAUGGGUUCAGAACAAUGUUACUCGUUAUAAUUUCAAAGGAGGAGUAAACAUCAAAUAUGUGGCAGUUGGGAAUGAACCUUUUCUGAAGUCCUACAAUGGCACAUUUGAGAAUGCUACUUUGCCAGCUCUUAAAAACAUCCAAAAUGCUCUUAAUGAAGCUGGGAUGGGCGACAUUGUGAAGGCGACUGUGCCACUGAAUGCUGAUGUCUAUGAAUCACCGUCAGGCACCCCUGUACCUUCGGCUGGAAGAUUCAGACCGGAUGUUGCUGAUUUAAUGACACAAAUGGUCCAGUUCUUGAGCCAAAACAAUGCUCCUUUUACUGUCAAUAUCUAUCCCUUCCUGAGUCUGUAUGGCAACCCUGAUUUCCCCGUUGAUUAUGCAUUCUUUGAUGGAGGAGCCGCUCCCAUAGCAGACAACGGAAUCCAAUACAGUAAUGUGUUCGAUGCCAACUUUGAUACUUUGGUUUCUGCCUUAACAGCAGCCGGGUUUGGGAACUUGCCGAUAAUUGUUGGGGAGGUUGGUUGGCCUACAGACGGUGAUGUUAAUGCGAAUAUUAACUACGCCAUCAGAUUUUACCGUGGACUAUUGCCUAGAAUUGCUGCUAAUACAGGUACCCCUUUGAGGCCUGGAAGUAUAGAGAUGUACUUAUUCGGGCUCCUAGACGAGGAUGCCAAAACUGUUGCUCCUGGGAACUUCGAGAGACAUUGGGGGAUUUUCCGAUAUGAUGGGCAGCCGAAAUUUCCCAUGGAUCUUACUGGCCAAAACCGGGAUAUCUAUCUUGUUGGUGCAAAAAAUGUCAAAUAUCUCGACAAUCAAUGGUGUGAAUUCAAUCCGAAUGCUAAAGAUCUUAGCAAGUUGGCCGAUAACAUUAAUUUUGCGUGCACGUUUGCUGAUUGUACUCCUCUUGGGUAUGGUUCGUCUUGUCAAGGCUUGGAUGCGAAUGGGAAUGCUUCAUUUGCGUUUAACGUGUACUUUCAGACCCAGAGCCAGAAUCUUGCUGCCUGCGACUUCCAAGGUUUGGCUAGGUUAUCGUUGCACAAUAUCUCAACACCGACUUGCAAUUUCACCAUCCAGAUAACUUCGUCUGGUCUGAAAACUGCUGUACCUUGGGCUGUCUCAUUGUUUGCUGUACUCGUGUAUCGAUUCUUUUGAUUUGUUAUCAUAGAUGUUCUCAUUCUCAUUUCAUAUAUUUUGAGAUUUUGAUGCUAGAGCCGCUACAGAAAUUCAUAUUC